GAUAGUGAACCUGGAUGAGCUUCAAGUCAUUUACACGCUGACGUCAGUGCCCAGUCGUCGUUCAAUCGGAUCUAGAUUCUAAACUAGAGAUCCGACUAGAUCCCUGGCGGCGAGAGAUCCGAAACUAACGGGCUCCGAAUAAGGAUACCUUUCUCCGCCGGACCAACAGAUCAACUCCAGUGCGUCACCAUCAUCGACAUUAGAGAAUAGAGCUCUCGCUGAGAAACAAUGGCGGAGAGCUGCAGCCUUGUUCGCUUCCGCGCUGCCCUCUGCCCUGCCUUCAAGCCCUCUCCGUUCGAUCCUCUCCUUUCUCCGAUCGCCUCUUUCUCCCUUCCUUCUUUGCUUCCCUCCUCGCCUCCCUCGCUUCGGUAUCAGCGUCGGAGAGGGAGGAGAGAUGGAUCUCUGGUUGUUCGUUCGAUGUCCUCUUCGUCGGCUUCUUUUGGCUCGCGGUUGGAGGAAUCCGUGAGGAAGACGGUCUCCGAGAACCCCGUCGUCAUCUAUUCCAAGACCUGGUGUUCGUAUUCGAUGGAGGUGAAGUCGCGGUUGAAGCGUCUUGGAGUGCGGCCUCUCGUCAUCGAGUUGGAUCGGCUUGGACCCCAAGGUCCACAGCUGCAGAAGAUGUUGGAGCGGAUCACGGGACAGUUCACUGUUCCUAAUGUUUUUAUUGGAGGCAAGCAUAUUGGUGGCUGCUCAGAUACUGUAAAACUUUACCAGAAAGGCGAGCUAACUGCUAUGCUUUCAGAGCUAAAUAUUAGCACAAAUAGUUUGCUGAAGCCUUAAUCGAAUUUGAAGUUAUUGACUGCAGUUUUCAUGGACCGUGGGAGUACAUAACUUCAUGUCUCAUUAAUUUUUUCUUCUCACCAUAGUUAACUAAUGACCUUAUGUGUGUGAUAAGUUUCGAGUCUUGGCUGUAUCUGCUAGCAUUAUUUCUGUACUUUGACACUGCAUUUCUGCAGAGCUUCUAUGAAUAACUUAAUAGUAUGAUGGAUCCACUUGAUGCUCCA